AUGAUUGAGCCUGAAACCUCCACCCCCGGCGACGCCCUCAGCCCUUGGAAGCUGGAGAUGGCCACUCGCGGGUAUUACAUCCAGUCCAAGAUUUUACACAUCCCCGAUCGAUUCGGCUUCCUUUCUCCUGGCCCACCUUCGCUCCAGGUAUUCGAUGUCGACGGAGUCAUCGCGCUGUUGGUGUAUUUAUCUAUCAUGUGCGCCAUUGAAGCUCUGGUCCUUAUUCAUUCAUGGCUGUAUGAAUACUUUAGGUGGUUUAUCGUCUACUUAUUCUUGUGGACAAACUGUGAACUCAUUGUGGGUAUGUGGAUCAUAACAUGUAUCGGCCAUUACUUCAAGCGUGGCCACGGCGAGGGCUCCCGCACUGCGAGCAUUGUGGUCGAAGAAAAAGCCCGAGGCAGUGAUGCAGUGAUUGGUCGACGAGGUUCGUCACUUGGAUUUGGAAUUCAGCUCAGAAGUCAUGGAGAGAGUGGUUUGGACAAAGACAAGGACGAUUAA